AGAGGAACGUGCACGCGCCACUGACAGGGAGAUGCUCCGCGUCCUUACAAGGGCAGUCGAAGAGCUUCACUUUGAGUGGUCUCCCGCAGAGGAACCUGAACAGUCUCACCUCGAUGAAUGGUUCCUGCAGUCCUGACGCCGUCAAACGGCAGCGUCCCACAAAUCUGCCCCAUUUCUCCCCGAAGUUCUUAACGAACUAUCUAAAUCAUGGUGCGCCCUUCUCAGGUGAGCUCGUGCAGUGAUGCCAUCUUCUCUAAUGUGGAUAACGGGGAAGAAAACGUUUAUGCCCAAUUACUCCCUGUGGAGGAGGGGGUAGGUCUGCCCAGCGAGUAACGGGGUGGAAAUCACAGCCCAUACAUCCUUCCAAACCGUAUCGACAAACGUCGCACUGGCGGGAAAAGCUUACUCAGCGGCAGGACAAGAUGGAUCAGCACUACACGCAAUGGCUGUGCUCCAGGUAUUUCAAGCCAAGCUCCUCAAGCAAAUGGACGAGCACAGCUUCGAUCCAGAGACAUUCAAAGAGCUCCGCACCGCUACAGACUUAGCGCUGCAUGCCAUGAAAGUCACUGCGCAGGCCAUCGGCAAGUCCAUGGGCAACCUGGCAGUUCUGGAUCUACAUAUAUGGCUGACCCUCACAGAAAUUAGUGAUUGGGAAAAAGCCAAUCUGUUGGAUGCUCCAGUGUCUCCAGCUGGCCUCUUUGGCGGCUCUGUGAAUAAAGUUGCUGAGCGUUGCGUCGCGACUCAGCAGCAGUCACAGGCUAUGAGACACUUUAUGCCCAUACGGAGUACAUCACAGCCGGUUUGACCUUGCUCUAUUUCGAGCCAGCGCCCCACUAAAAAUCCCAUACCUGCUGCCUCACCGGCAGAACCCUUUGAAGCGGAAAGCAGAGCCUGCGGUUCCCUCCAGGUCUGCUCCAAAAAAGGCUCGGUUGGAGACACAAAACAUUGUUCCCCAUCUCCCCACUAUGGUUUGCCAGGAAAGGAAUAUUGUUGUUCACAGUAUUGUUCAAAAUGUUGUUUCUGUGUCUUGCACUCUAAUAAAUGCAAUAAGUGCAAAAAAGGAUACAGCAUUCAUUGCAAAUGCACGAGAUGCUCACACAUUGUCAAUAAAGAGCCCUUUUCCUCUUCAAAGCACACACAUUAUGCGCAACCGCAUCCCUAUAGUGAGCGACACAUUAUAUCAUAUGAUGAGCAAACCAAAUUGCCCUCUGUCCCGUUACGCGGAUUUGUGGCAAGCCCUAAUGAGUAUUUCAGAAUAGGUGCAAAAAACGAUCGAACAUGGUUAUGCGAUCCAAUUUGCAUGCCGGCCACCAUUUCAACAGCGUUCUGUCUUCCACGGUUUCACCCAAAGAUGUGCCAGUGUUACAAACCGAAAUACACAAUCUCCUCAUGAAAAACACGAUAGAGAUUGUGUCAAAUUGUCAAGCACAAAAAGGGUUUUACAGCCAUUAUUUUCUUGUUCCAAAGAAAGAUGGCGGACUUCGGCCGAUCCUGGAUCUGAGACAUCUGAAUCGUGCACUCAAAGCACCCAUUCAAAAUUAUUACUCAGUAAUGGAUCUUAUCGCAUGUACGCCCACACGAUUGGUUUGCGCCGAUAGAUCUGAAGGAUGCGUACUGUCAUAUCCAAAUUGUAUGAUAUCACAGGAUGUUUUUGAGAUUUGUGUUCGAGGGCCCAGCGUUCAGGCCAUCCUACAGAGUCUGUCUCAGUUCAAACUGGGGAGAACACUUCCACUGAAGCUGUUUCAGAAAGCAUUGGGAUUUAUGGCGGCAGCAUCUGAUGUCAUUCCAUUAGGUCUCUUACACAUGAGACCUCUUCAGUGCUGGCUCAAGCGCCAUGUGCCUCGGCAUGCUUGGUGCCAAGGGCGCAAGCGCAUCAUUAUAUCCCGCCACUGUACAGCUGCUUUAGCACCAUGGACAGCUCCUGCCUUUCACCAGCGAGGUGUCACUCUGGGGCAGGCAGUCAGGCGGAAAGUGGUGACUACGAAUGCUUCCAACACAGGUUGUGGGGGUGGUGUGCGAUGGAUGCCUGACUUUCGGCACCUGGACAGGUGCGAAAAAAGCAUGGCACAUCAACCGCCGAAAGUCUUUUCAGUCAGAAAUAGUGAAUUGUCAUGUCCUGGUUCUCUCAGAUAACAUGACAGUUGUGGCAUAUAUAAACGACCAAGGCGGAAUUCAUUCACCGCCACUGUUGAGACUGACGCGUCACCUCCUCCUAUGGAGCGAGCGUCAUCUCCUCUCCCUGAGAGCGACAUAUGUCUCAGGCCGCCUGAAUUAUGUCGUGGACCUAUUGUUAUUCUGGGCGAAUGGAGACGUCCUCCUCAAACUGUAUUGAGGAUUUGGGAAAUAUUCGGCAAAGCAGAAAUCGAUCUAUUCACCUCAGUGGGGAAUACCAACUGUCCCCUCUGGUACUCAAAGUCCCAAGCCCUGCUGGGAGUGGGAAGGUGUUCACUGAUUGGUGUCUCUCACAUGGCAAAGACCCAGUAAACUGCCCCAUACAUGAAAUUCUCAUAUUCCUUCAAGAGCGAUUAGACGCAGGACUCACUCCGUCAAUGCUCAAAGUGUAUGUGGUAACUAUAUUUACGAAUCACGCACAUGAAGCGUGGAGUGGUGGUGGUGUAGUGGACUGAAGCACAUUCAUGGUAAUCAGAAGGUUGUUGGUUUGAUCCCCACAGCCACCACCAUUGUGUCCUUGAGCAAGGCACUUAACUCCAGGUUGCUCUAGGGGGAUUGUCCCUGUAGUAAGUGCACUGUAAGUCACUUUCAAUGAAAACAUCUGCCAAAUGCAUAAAUGUAAAUGAAGUCAGCACCUCUAUAGGCAAGCAUGAUUUAAUCAUAAAGUUCCUUAAAGAGCAAGACAAUUAAACACACCUCGGCCAGCUACAGUCCAGACUUGGGACUUAACUUUAGUCCUAAAAGCUCUCACAGGGCCCCCAUUCCAACCAUUGGACUCAGCCUCAGUAAAACAGGGAAAAGCGUGACAUGAUUGGAGUGAUUCCUCCGUCUAUGUCAGGCACAUGUGGUUGUGUUGUGAAUGGAGACUUCAUUAUAUUCGGCGGCUGCUGUGAUGAUGGACAAACUAAUGAGCAUUACUCAGUCAAUCUUCACGAUGGAAAGUUCAUCUGGAGGAAGUUGAUACAUCAAUCCGGAUCUCUACCUUCACCACGAGACAAACUGUCCUGUUGGGUUCAUAAAGGACGAAUUAUCUACUUUGGUGGAUACGGUCACAAACUGCUGAAUGAAAUCAGUGAUCCAAAGAGCUUCAUUGUGGAUGAAGCAUCAUGGGCUGAAGAUGUUUUCUGGGGAUGGAACAAUGAAAUUCAUGAAUUUGACCCAGAAAGAAGCAGCUGGACUGAACCACAAACGUUUGGACAUGUUCCUGCUCCACGUGCUGCGCACGCUAGUGCUACGAUUGCUAGUAAAGGUUACGUAUGUGGUGGAAGAAUAAUGGAGACGAGAACGAGUGAUCUGUAUUGUUUGGAUUUUAAUUCAUGGACAUGGUCAGAAAUUGUACCGUCCACCGAAGUGCCUUUGGGUCGGUCCUGGCACACAUUAACAACUGUGUCAGACACGUCACUCUUCCUGUUUGGUGGACUUAGUGUGGACUGCAGACCUAUGAGUGAUGGUUGGAUAUUUAAUCUGGAGACGAAAGGCUGGACAAAGACGGAGCAUCCAAACCAGGACAAACCUCGACUGUGGCACAGCGCUUGUGAAGGGAGAGACUCUGAUGUUGUCAUGUUUGGAGGAAGUCAUGAUUAUAUUCUUCUGGUGGACACAGGUCAUUGCAAUGAUGCUAUAGUUUUCCAGACUCAGCCUUAUCCUUUAAUCCGAUUAUGCGAGGACUUCAUCGCAAGUCAUGCCAGCAGGUUUCACGCCCAGAUUCUCUGUUUACCACCGAAACUGAGAAACUCUGUGCAGAAAAGAACAACUUUCUUCAGGCCAACUAAGAAAUCAUAGAAUGUGUUCGAAAAUAUACAUUUCUUUCAUUUUAUCUAACAAACUCGACUAUUAGACUAACAUUGAAUAAACAGUGAAAACUAUAUACAGCUACAUUAAUAUUCAUAUUAUUGCUGUUAUAUUAAAAAUGUCUACAUUCAGGAUUAUUAAACUAUAUUUAUUUGAA